AUGGGCCCUGAAAAUCCCGCAAAGAAAAUCGACCGUCGUGAGCGAGUGCGCGAGAACCAACGAAAGAGUCGGGCGAAGAAGCAAGAGCAUAUUCGUGACUUGGAGCAGAAGCUAGCAUCAUUUCAGGAGCACCUUCGACGCAAGGAUAUUGAGCACCGGCUAGCGGUCCAGAAACUCGAGGCCGAAAAUACUAGAUUACGACGUCUCUUGGCCCACUUGGGUUUAGCAUCAAGCGAAAUUGAUAGCUAUUUGCGUGCAGGCAGUAAUCCGGUCAUGACGGAGAAAGUUGCCAUAUCUCCAAUUCGGCCAGUUGAGGCCGGGUUUGAUUCAAAGCACCAAGAAGCAGUAAUCACCGCACGUUUGGGAGCAUCAUCACAGAGCGAGCGAGAUAUCGUCGAUGCGCAGCCGGGGAGGCUCCCUGAACAAUAUCUAUCUGAGGGCGAUUCGGAGUUUUUGAAAGCAACUCACCUGACUGGUUUUGCUGAAAGAUUCGAGAAACCGGCAUAUCAAGACCAGACCAUCUGCGGCUGCGCUCCUGCCGAAAACGAGAAAUCCUGGCCCACUAACGAAGAUAUUCUCAAUACUACGCUCUGUGCGAUUGCCGAGGAGCUAAUCAACCAGUACAACACGCGCGGCGUGGAUGUCGUCGAGAUUCGAAGAAAGCUAUGGUCUGGCUUCUCCAAGGGUCUUACAACCGACGAAGGAUGCAGAGUCCAAAACCAAAUUUUGUUUCAAGUAUUGGAUGAAAUCAGCAACAACUGA